AUGGCUGGAAUUGGUCUUGGUAUUUUCGUUGUUUUAUGUUUAAUAAUCAGCCAGGAUAAGUUGAUUGACAUGUUAUCAGACACAGAUUCCGAACCUGCAGUGAUAUUAUUGGAAAAAUGUUUGGGAAGUGGACCCGAUAAAUGUAAUGAUGUUUUGUUCACCGGUGGUCCUGAGGAGCCUUCCGCCAAUGUUGUCUUUUUUGGAGGUGAUGUUCAGACAGUGCCACAAAUCGGCCAUGAAUUGAACAAAUUCGGCGCGCUGGAACAACUGAAUGCCAUAUUACGAAGUGCAGUGACACGUGUGCGUUAUGUUCGACCUCGCUGCUUGGCGCAUCUUCAUGUUCCACUCUGUCUGGUCGGGUUUAGCAAAGGAUGCUCUGUUCUCAUGCAACUACUGUAUGAGUUAGCUCAUUGUGCUCAGUUCAGCAAAAGCUCCUCUCAGAAUCCCGCGUCAUCCAACCCGACUCGGUCCACACAAGAGUUAAUAUCCAAGCUGGAUUCCAUGUACUGGUUAGAUGGUGGCCAUUCCGGAAAGGAUGCACAAUGGCCCACUGAAACGACAAUACUAUCUCGUCUAGAUCCAUGUAGAUCUCCAAAGAUGUUUAUUCAUGGAACACCCUAUCAACUUAUGGAUUCUCGGCGACCUUGGAAAUCACGUGAUUAUAAUCGUUCUUUGGAACUCUUACGGCAGUAUGGUUUACCUCACAAACACGAGAUUUUGACCAGUGUCCUAAAUGAUUCCGUUUCCAAUGAGCCUACUUUAGAAUCGCACUUUGCAUUGUUGAAAUGUUUUCCAAUCGAGGGCGCAGAACGUUGA